AUGAAAGGUCUCAUUAUUCUCUGUACACUCUUGACAAUGAAUCUCGCAUUGAAAUGUGUCUACGAUGUGAAUCAAUAUGGAUAUGAGCUCACAAAACAAAGGCGAAUCUACACUUGUCCAUCUGGAGACAAUCAUUGCGUCACAUUUCGAUAUGAGUUGAACGGGAGUCACGGAACGAAACGCGAAUGUGGCUUUUGUCCGCGCUCAGGAAAUGGGCAAACGAUUCCAGCGACAGUCACCGAAUUGAAGGGCCAAAAAGUGCGCUUGAUGGGCAGAAUGGAUUGCUGUGAUCGGGAUGGAUGCAAUUCGGCCAAGACGAUCGUUUUUCCAGAUGCUAAUCAUCUUGCAUGGAUACACACGGAUAAACAGAUCCGACUAAACUGUAGUGGAUGUCAUUUUUGUGAGAAAUUGGCGAUAGAGUGGGAUGAUGGAUCGAAAAGAGCCGAAUGGGGAUGUGGAUGUCAUAAUAAAGAUUGGAUUCACACGUGCACGGCAGAAGGGAAGAAAUUGAUGAGACGCGAGAAGACAAUUCUUGUCGAGCUUCAUUGUUCUACAGCUACAGCUACAAUGAAGUUUUGGGUGAUCUUGUUUUGUUUGUUGGCAUUGUAUCGAGCUGAUAACUCAACUCCGGAUCCAAACGAUCCAAAUGACGAAGAGGACACAGAAGUACACCUCACUUGCAUAAAUGAUCAGAAUCAAAGAGGGGAAAUGCACACGGGAGACACAGAAUAUCAAAAUCAAGCCGAUUGUGGGAAGUUUUCUGUAUGCAAGUACUGCGCAAAGUGGCAUGGAAAAAAUAAAGAUGGCACCGAUCUGUCGUAUUGGGGAUGUGGAUGUGGGACCGAUAACAAUUUGCCCUUUUUGAUGAUGGGCGAAAAUUGCACGGUAGGGCUAAUGACGAUAGACUUUAAAGAAAGUCAUUGCCAACUUUCCCGACUACCG